AAUGGGACUCAGGGUCGCGGUAUAUAAAUGACUACGUAAGAGUCCAACUCAAAGCAAGCCCAACUGUCCUUAACGUACCCCACUGCAGAUGUCCUCGUGUGCCCACUGAGGCCAGUGGAGCGCUUCCGUGACUUACGUCCUGAUGAAGUGGCCGAUUUGUUUCAAGUGACACAAAGAGUUGGGACAGUGGUGGAGAAGCAUUUCCAGGGGACCUCCAUCACCUUCUCCAUGCAGGAUGGUCCUGAAGCUGGACAGACUGUGAAGCAUGUACAUGUCCACGUUCUUCCCAGGAAGUCAGGAGACUUCCGCAGGAAUGACAACAUCUAUGAUGAGCUUCAAAAACAUGACAGGGAAGAAGAGGACUCGCCAGCCUUUUGGAGAUCUGAGGAGGAGAUGGCUGCAGAGGCAGAAGCUCUGAGGGCCUACUUUCAGGUAAACAUUGUAAAAGUAACUUUUAUCCUCCUGUUGCAGUUGUGUGGGAGACUGACUGCCUUGGUCUGCUAACUGAGGCCUAGUCCUGGAAGCUUCUACUCU